UGCAACCAGGACAGUUGCAGUGCUAGGAAGGAGGGAGAGUAAACUGGAUUUUCGCGUACAAGUUAGUCGUUAUGUUUAAACGAUCAUAUAAACGACAUUGAUUUACAAAUUAUAGCGAUACCUGUAAGGUUAAAGGAUCACAUUACGUAACAUUAUUUACAUAACAGGUGUCAUAUUUGUAGCAGCCUCAUAAACGGGCGCUACACCGUGUUACUGUUACAGAGAGCAUUUGCACUGCUGAGUCUACAUCCAGUGGGAAUUUCGAGUAUUUAUAAUUAUUAAAGGGUUAAAAUGGGGGCAUUUUAACAGUAAUGAUAUUAAAUACAGACAAGGUCAGUAUUUGCUGUGGCGAAGCUGUCAUUUGCGGUCCUUUAGCCUUGUUAUGACUACCUUGUAGUUUGUCGUUUAACCCAGGUGAUAGUUACCUCUCUGGGAAUAAUACUCUAUAAGCUACUCUGGACUGGUCUUCAUGCUCAGUGGGACUGGACAGUGUCCUAAUGAUCCCACCAUGCCUGCUACAGUCUGCUUGUGUGUGCUGUGCGGGUUACCUGCCUCUGGUAAAUCCAGCCUUGUCCAGGCAGCUUCUGCUCAGAUCAGUAAACAGGGCUGGGGGACUUUUAUCAUAUCAUACGACCACCUCAUAGCAGAAGAGGCCUUCGAUUUCAGCUCGGGGGACAGCCUGUCAAAGGGGCAAACCAGAUGGAAGCAGCACAGGCAGGCCGUGCUGACUUGCCUGGAGAGUUUCCUGCAGGAUCCUCAGGCACCCAGCCCCUGUCGGACUGAGGGAAACGUGUGGGAGUGCUUCAGCCAGGCAGUAGAGCAGCAGCAAAUCUUACCUGCCCUGCGCAGAUCAUCAUCUCAACCUCCACGAAUUGCAGUGCUGCUUGAUGACAAUUUCUACUACCAGAGCAUGAGAUAUGAAGUGUAUCAACUCGCCAGAAAGUAUUCCACAGGUUUCUGCCAGCUGUACCUGCAUUGUCCGUUGGAAGUGUGUCUCUCUAGAAACCAGGACAGAGGGCAGCCAGUGCCGGAUGAGAUCAUUGUAGAGAUGUCCAAACGCAUCGAGCCUCCAAACGCACAGAAAAACCAGUGGGAGCAAAGCAGUCUGACUCUGAUAAGCACUGACAUCACAGACACGGACAUCCAAAAGCUGCUCCAGUUGAUGUCCUCAGCACUGGAGAACCCCUUGAGUCCAUUUCAAGAUGACUCAGAGCAGAGGGCAGCAGACAGAGAGCAUUGUGCCUCCAGUGUGGUGCACCAGGCAGACCAGGCUUGCCGGCGGUUGGUGUCUCAGGCCAUGCUGACAGCCAGAGAGAGUAAAGCGUCCUCUGAGGUUCUGAGGGUCCUGGCGAAGGAUCUGAGUGAGCAGAAGGGUCAUUUCCUGCAGGAGCUGAGAAGACACGUCCUUCACGAGCUGCCUGUGUCCGAAGGGGAGACAGUGGACGUGGAGCGAGUGGUCAGCAGAGCGCUCACCGUGUUUCAGCAGCAGAGGGACGACGUGCUGGAGAGACACGGCAUUGGCACGGGAGCCACAACAGCAUAAGAGAGCAGUUUAAUUUAAGAGGCUUUGUUUUUAUUACACUAAUUUAAACAAGUGUACUUAGUUUCCCCUCUUACCCCAGUGUGGUCUAUCAGCCAGGACAGUGUGUCUGCACUGGUGCUACAAGGCUAAUGUGAAUAAUAUGUAAUGGAAGCUUGUAACCCACUAAUUAGCAUUGUGCUAACAGCAUGCAUGAAUCAGCACACACUGGCCUCAAACCGUGUGGAGUUAAGUAAUCAGAAAUAAACUUUGUGGUUUCUGAC